AGCGAUUUCAAUGUGACACUGUUUGUACUUGAAUUGAGCCUUGAAACGAGGAUACGCCCUAAAUACAAUAUAAGGAAUAAAAGCAAGUAAAAUACUGAACAAAUGAUAGAAGAAGCUCCUGCAAUUGGACUUUUUGUAGGCGAAAAUGUGACAGAGUAUUUGGUCGUUUUCCGAAUCGUAAAUUUGUUGCGAUUUGGGUUCCCCAAUAGAUUCAUAACCUAAAAAAAUUGAGUCAAAUAUGAACGAGUAAAUAUAAACAAAUUGCUUCUUUACCAUUAGUACUACUAGUACAUAAGGAAACCAUGACUUCUUCAAACAAACACACACUCACAAAUUUAAAACUCCUUAUCUAAAUGUUCACAUUUUGCGUAUAGAAUUUGAACGUGCUUUGUGUGCCUUAUCAAAAUCAAAGCUUACUGAGCAUAGAUUCACAUUUCAAGACUGAUAGCAGUACUAAUGGAUUAGUAAUUACUUUGCAGUCUAUGCGUGGAAAAUAAUUAGAAUUUUUAAAGAGAAAAUUAAUAGUACCAAAACAACAAACAGCUGAUUUCAUUUGUAUUUUUGUCCUUUUUUAUUUUAUAGCAUUUAGAAAGAGACUUUUGACAAUCAGCUGAUUAAAGGUUUGUUCCAACCAGUCCCAGAACGGUUUCGGAACCACUCUGUAUACGAAUUUCGGUUUCUGCGCAGAAUCCUGACAGCAAUAUUACAGUUUCCUGGUUGGGUUGGAACAAAGCUUAAAUAAACAACAAAUGCCUAUUUUUAUUAAUAAUUAAAUAAUGGCUGAAGGAGGAUACAAUUCGGCCCAAGAGAGCUCGAUAAUAGACGAAUUCGCUGCCCCCGAGGCACGCUUUGAGUGCCCCAUUUGCCUGGCCUGGCUCAGGGACCCUGUGGUCACCUCUUGCGGGCACAGGUUUUGCAGGAAUUGCAUUCAGGGAUGGCUAGAAAAAGAGAACGCGUGUCCUGUAGAUAAAAUGAAGCUAAACAAAGACAAAGAUGUUUUCCCUGAUAAUUUUACUAGAAGGGAAAUUUCGCAGCAAAGGACAAAGUGUCCUAAUAUAGUGCGUGGUUGUCUGGAGGAAUUAUCACCCUUGGAUGUUGAUGAGCAUUUGUUGGUUUGUCAGUUUAGAGUACCAGAGUUGCCAGAUCACGAAAAGUUGAGGUGCCAGUUUGUGGAUUUUGGGUGCUAUGAAAAGUUUGAAGAUGAUCCCGAGCUGCAAAGGCACCUGCAGGAAAAUAUCCAACUACAUUUGGGCCUUUUGUCUAGGGCCUAUGGCAAAGUGAAUGUUGGUAGUGAAAAUGCUUCUAGCACUUUGGCUCAGGCUAAUUUUUGGGAUCCUCCAUCCAAACAUGAUAAUCAACAACUUAAAUCUACUACUGGUGAUAGUGAUAAUGAUAAUUUAUUAAGGGCCUUAUAUGAAAAAAUAGUAUUUUUAGAACAAAAAACCAGAGAACAAGACAUUAUUAUAGCUAAUAUGUCACAACAAUUAACAAAUUUAACAAGUACAACUGCUAAUUUCCAACAGAGAUACUGCAAUGGCUGUUUCCUUUGGCAUUUUAACGAUUUUAAAAAUAAAAUAGCUCAAAUGAGAGAAAAUCCAAGGCUGAUGCAUUAUAGCCCUGGGUUUUACACCAAUCCUUAUGGCUACAAAUUAUGUCUUAGAAUCAAUCUAUCUCCAAAAGACCCAAAUUAUCUAGCAAUCCUGAUUCACCUAAUGAAAUCUGAGCAUGAUCAAGCCUUAGACUGGCCAUUUUGUGGCAGAUUAACAGUCACCAUAGUCCAUCCAACGCAAUCAUUCAAAAACAUCAAAGAAACAAUGAUGUCCAGGUCAGAGUUGCAAGCCUUCAAUCGUCCAGUGCACGAUUUGAAUCCGAAAGGUUUUGGGUACACUGAAUUUGCUCUGAUCGAAGAAUUGUUUAAUCAAGAUUUUGUCAGCAAUAAUCAAUUGAUUGUUAAAGUCAAUGCGCUUCCAGUUUGAAUCUCAAAUAUUUAUACAUUCCAUGGUAUUUUUAUGCAAUAAAUAAUUUUUUUAUUAAUAAUCAA